GCAGUCUCGGCCGUUCGGCGCCGCUCGGGUAUGGCGGCAGAGGAGGGGAAGCUCUUUGUGGGGGGACUCAACUUUGACACAGAUGAGCAGGGGCUGGAGCAGCACUUCAGCUCCUUCGGGCCCAUCGCUGAGGUGGUGGUGGUGAAGGACCGGGAGACCCAACGUUCCCGCGGCUUCGGCUUCGUCACCUUCACCAACCCCGAGCACGCCACCGACGCCAUGAGGGCCAUGAACGGCGAGUCCCUGGACGGGCGGCAGAUCCGGGUGGAUCACGCCGGGAAAUCCCCCCGCGGCGCCCGGGGGGGGUACGGGGGGGGCCGGGCCCGGGGCCGGGGCUACGCUCGAGGAGGAGGCGACCGGGGGUACGGAGGCCGCUAUGAGGGGCGCAGCGGGGGAGGCUACGGGGGCUUCCGUGACUACGGCGGCCGGAAUCAAGGAGGCUACAGCGAGCGCUUCCCCUCCUCCUCCUACCGCGACAACUACGACAACUGAGCUUGGACCCUCGGUGCUGGAUUUUGGGGGGGGCCCCGGACCUCCCCAGGGGUGGGGGGGUGGGGGGACACUGUCUCCUCCCCCCAUCCCCCCCCUCCCCGCCCCCACCCUGGAUGGACGCCGAGGGGGGGAGGGGGACAUGGUGAAGGUGGGAUGGGGGGGGCACCCCCAAAUUUGUACCCCCCAGGUCCUAUUAAAGGUCACACCCAUCCUCGG